AUGGAAUCUUCGGACCUCGCAGCCGAGGAUGCAGCCAUCCUUGCAACCCCGAGGCCCAACAAUCGAGCUGCCGCAAAGGGCAUUGACCUAGUGGAGCCCGGCAUUGACCCGGGCCACCAAUACCUGUCGCUCCCAGUGGAUCCCAGUGUCAACUUUGUUGGCACAGUCGUGGAGAGAAGCGCUGUGCUUGCCUCCAAGCAGGAUCACCGCGUAGAUCUGAUGGAGAGUCUUUCACUCGAUAUACGGUUGGCCCUGCUCGGGCCAGGGGAUUGA